AAAAGAAUAUGAGGGGUAGAGAUAUCGGUAGGUGGCGGUAAUGCAACAAUUAGGAUGCAAGCCGCCGGUAAACUCAAAAGAAGAAGAAAUCAGAUCAAAGUCGGACCUGGUUGUUAAGUGAUUAUUUCCGGGUGACGGACGGUUCCGUUUCCUGUGAGUUGCGUCCAGAAUGUUAUCCAGUCUGAAGGACAGGGUUGGUGCGGUUCUCUUACCAGGGGACGGGUUUUCCUUGGAUACCGACGAUACUAUCUCCCUGACGGAGCAAGCGAAGCCGGACAAGGUGCUGUGCGGCCCGGGCCUGAGGCGGAGCGGAGCCCGUCUGGUGGCGUGUAAGAGCGGCGUCCUGCGACACAAGCUGCCCAACGUGUUCUGGGUCGACUCGCAGCAAAGGAGGUAUGUUCCUGCUAAAGGAGAAACGGUCAUCGGCAUUGUGAUGCUGAAGUCCGGAGAUGUAUUCAAGGUUGACUUUGGAGGAAGCGAGCAGGCAUCUCUGUCCUACCUGGCGUUUGAGGGUUCAACUAAGAGGAACAGGCCCAAUGUCCAGGUGGGGGACUUGGUCUUUGCUCAGUUCACUAUCGCCAACAAAGACAUGGAGCCGGAGCUGGUUUGCAUAGACAGCUCAGGCCGAGCCAACGGGAUGGGGGUGUUUGGGCCAGGAGGGCUGCUCUUUAGAGUCAGUCUGGGCCUCGUCAGAAGGUUGCUGGCACCCCAUAGUGACAUCCGCUCGGACCUGGACCAGCUUUUCCCCUGUGAGCUGGUGGUGGGGAUGAACGGCCGAGUAUGGGUCAAAUCCUCCAGCAUCCAGCAGACUCUGAUUCUUGCCAACCUCCUGCAGAGCUGCGACACCAUGACAGCUCCUCAGAGACAGGAGCUGUUCAAGAGGGUCAAACAGGGGGCGCUGUAGACGCCUCACAACCUGCUGGUGUGGACUUUGUCUUGAUGUGCAUCCAAACUUUUGUGGGAAAAGAUCUGACACCCCUCUGUUUUUUUUUUCAAUAAAUACUUUGCUAAUAUUUGUUUUUGUCUUGUGUUUCAAAUGGAGACAAACGCUGUUGUGUUUUGUGGGCUGACUUUAUUGGAACGUUGUGUCCAAUCGUCAGAAGGUAAAGUCAGAGUUUACAUUUUCUGCCUGAGCUCAGUGCUGUUCCAGCCUGAGGAGCUAAAGUGAGGGGUUAAGAUGGCGUUAGCAAGAUGUCCUGGUUGAAUUUGUUCUUCAUUUGGUUCAGUUAGUCCCAGUUUAGUCGCUAUGGAGAUGUAUUUUGUGUUGAACACGCAUCCUGGAUUAAUGCAGCUGUAAUGGAAAAAUUUUGCCUUUGUGCUAUUUCUUAUCCAACACAGUCGUCACGUGCUGGUUAGGUGCAAUACUGAACAUUCUUACAAAAACAAAUAAUCUCUGGCGCCCUGUCGUACAUCAAGUCUAAACAUCUGAUGAUCCAUUUGACUGACUAAUAAUUUAUGAUAUAUGUUUGUCUUUUACACCCGGACUCUGGCUUCAUUCUAUCUGACUCCCCACCAGACCCAAGGCUGUAAAACUCAAUGCAUCUCGUCUUCGAAGCUCGGUGUUCCUUCCUUUGGAUAACAAGACAUGAUGAUGCAGAAGUGAGAAAGCAAACGUUCUCACUCACUGCUAGAUAAGGUGGCGCAAACAAUUCCAUUGCUGCAGAGAGACAUUCCACCAGAUCCAGAGAAAGGGGUUAAAAGGCAGAAGAAACUUGAGGAUUGUGGGCUCUUUGCAUCACACCUUCGUGGUGUGUGCACUGAUCUCCCCAGCUGGUUUUUGGUUUGUUCAUGUGCACGAUCAACAUCCAUGCUUUUUAUUUGCUUUCCCCAUUAUUUGUAUUUUCUUUAUUAUUUCAAUAAAUCGCACAAAAGGACAA